AUCAGUCGUCGCCGCGCGUUCGCGGGGAGUCCAUCGUGCGAGUCCGUAAUUUCGUCGUCUUUGGACAAGUUCGUUCUCUUUCGAGCAUAUACGAUCUUCGUAUCUUCUUAAGCUUCUUCAUACGAAUAAACAAAUCGAAAUAGAAGAUAAGAAGUAAGAUAAGAAGACAAAAAAAAAGAAGAAAGAAGGAAGAAAGUAAAAAGGAAAAAAAGAGAGAAGAAAAAGGAAAAAGGAAAGAAAGAAAGAGAGAAAGAGAGAAAGAGAGAGAGAGAGAGAGAGAGAGAGAGAGAGAGAGAGAGAAAGAAAGAAGAAAGAAAAAGAAAAGAACAUUUUGAUAGAAAAAUUGAGUUAUAUCUAUUUCGUGUUUAGAGCUUGCAGGAUGACGAGGAUCAAGAACGAUCCUUUUAAUAUUAUCGUGGUACAACGUGUUCUGUGACGUUUCAUGUCCCAGUACAAAGUUAUGAUCAAGGAGAUCAAAGAUAUAAGAUAAGAGAUCAUCAAACACAUAUACCUACAUUUUUUAUAUCGUCGACGGAAAAUGCCAAGGAUCGCACGGGAUACUAUAGUCGUCCUUUGGUGGAUCCGGCGAUCCAUCCUGGCAUAUUGCAUCAGAAAUCUGACACGACCCUUGAAAGUCUUCUGAAGAAACAGGAUGCACCAUACGGCGCCGUGGUAUUUACCUUGGGGCCUAAAGCUGGUGCCACUACCGAUACCGCCAGGACAUCCGGCAUCCGGUCUACCAAAUCCCGGAUUGCAUCUAUUGGCACCCUUACCGGGCAUUUAUGCUCCGGAACCACGAAAGAUCGAUUUGAAGCCCCUCCGCGAAACAACGAUACCACUGCCCGCCUCUAAGGUUACGGAAAAACGCAAAGCCGAGGAGGCCGAUGCCAGUAAGGACUUGAAAAAGGCGAAAUUGGAAACGAAAGCAUUGAAAGCAAAGAGGCCAGGAUUCACAGACGAGCGUUACAAUGAGACCAGCUAUUACGUGGAAAACGGGCUUCGAAAGGUAUAUCCCUAUUACUUCACAUUUACAACGUUCACGAAAGGCCGAUGGGUCGGCGAGAAGAUCUUGGAGGUCUUUGCAAGAGAAUUCCGUGCCCAUCCUGCGGAGGAAUAUGAGAGAUGUAUACGUGCUGGUACGCUCACCGUCAAUUAUCAAAGGGUGGACGUCGAUUAUAGAUUGCGACACAAUGACCUUCUGGCUAACGUCGUUCAUAGACACGAGGUGCCUGUCACCUCGGAGCCGAUCACGGUGAUACACAUGGACGAGGACGUCGUCGUGGUCAACAAGCCCGCCUCCAUCCCUGUACAUCCGUGCGGACGUUAUCGACACAACACGGUCGUCUUCAUUUUGGCAAAAGAAUACAACUUGAAGAAUCUUAGGACUAUCCAUAGGCUGGAUAGAUUGACCAGUGGAAUAUUACUUUUUGGUAGGACACCGAAGAAAGCAAGACAAAUGGAACAUCAGAUAAGAAAUAGACAGGUGCACAAACAAUACGUGUGCCGGGUCGAAGGUGAAUUUCCGGAGGAAGAAGUGGUCUGUUCAGAACCGAUCGAGGUCGUUUCCUACAAGAUAGGUGUUUGCAAGGUAUCCGAAAAGGGUAAGGACUGCGUCACACGUUUCAAACGUUUGAGUUACAAUGGAAAAUCUUCAGUGGUACUUUGCAAACCACAAACUGGUCGUAUGCAUCAAAUACGAGUUCACCUACAAUAUCUCGGUUAUCCUGUGGUGAAUGAUCCUCUUUACAAUCACGUGGUCUUUGGUCCUCACAAGGGAAAGGGCGGUAACAUCGGUAAAACAGACGAGGAAUUGGUCAGAGAUCUCAUUAGUAUUCACAAUGCCGAGAAUUGGCUUGGCAUGGAUGGGGACUCUGAGAUGAGUCUCUUCAAGCCGAAACUCGACAUGGAGGAACGCGAUUUGGCUGGCAACGAUAAGAACGUUAAUUCCUCGCCGGAGGAAGCAUCUUCGACGGCUACAUUGUCCGAGGAGGAACAACGGCCCCAGCAAGAACUUAAGUCUCUCAAAGUGACAGUUGGAACGCAAACGGGUUCAGAGCCACCCGAUCAAAGCUUCGCUAACGAUAAGGUCACCGUCGAUCCACACUGCUACGAGUGCAAAGUCAAAUACAGAGAUCCAAAACCAUCGGAUUUAGUGAUGUACCUUCACGCGUGGCGUUACUGUGGACCAGGCUGGGAAUACGAGACACCACUUCCUGCGUGGGCAGCCAGCGAUUGGACGGCCGAUGAUCGAUAGUUUACGAAGAAAUUGGGAAAUGCGUGUAAUGCGAUAUAUCGACCAAUAAUUCCCGAUGAACGAUCAUCGCGAACGAUCAUCGUGACCGACCCUUCAACAAUUUUUUUGAUAUCCUUACCCCGUGCCUUCCAUCCGCGAACGAGCGAUCGUGACCAUCGUACGUGACUUUGUCCGGAAAGUAACGAGACUUUGCAAUAUUCAAAUAAUGUUUUCAUAUUCACUCCUCGACGGUUCAAGUAUUAAAAAUAAAAAAGAAAGUAAAAGAAAAAAAAAAAAGAAAUAAAAAAGAAAAUAAAAAAAA